UUCACCUCAGAUCUGCUCUCAAAUUGUUAGAAUUAAUCGCUUCUACAGAUUUUAACCAUGUACCAGGUGCUCGGGAUCAACGAUCUGCUUUGCUACUUUUCACGCUCUUAUUUGGAUGUCUCGAUCAGGAACUGCGAACUCUAUUCAAUUUGGAGAGCCCCAUUAUGUGAGGAGGUCACCAUGGCAGAGGAUUUCGUAAUGAACUCCCUUCUCAAUUGCGAGGAGAUGUUCCCCUUCGUGUUUUAUUACGUGCUCGCCAUUAGUGCCAUUGGUACGUUCCAUUAUAUAAUCGAGUUUCUGGAAAUCAUCCUCGAAAGUCAGGGAAAAUACCUACUACGAUUUUAUAAGCCAAGGGACAUCACUGUUUUCAGCGACAGACAGUUGCGGCGUUUUCGACUCGUCGGUAACUUUUUCAUGAUCAACGCCUGGUUGCUACUUUUAUACGCCGUGGUUUUUAUGAAGCCGCAGUUCAUUUUGCCCUGGAGGAUGAUGUCAACGACCUCGGUGCUAAUCGAUGGGUUCUUCCUGCUGCUGGAUGUCCUGAUAAAACGCAGGAUGUGCAGCCUGAGCUCCCUCGUAUUCUUCCUGUUCCCCUUUUUCAACAUGAGCUGUGUUCUCUGUGUGAAGUCCUCCUUCAAGCGGAUCGAAGACCAGAGCAAUCUGGAGAAUCUCACGUGGUGGUAGUGAUGAUGACAAAAUUCCUAUCUGUGAUUCCCCAAAUUCUCUGUGAUUUUUAGUCUUGUAACGAGUUAAAUACAUAUAUUAUGUGAGUGUG